AUGUCGCGGUGAUACCCUUUGGUUGGCACUACAGGUUAACCGUUUCGUACCCACCCUCAUUUGUAUCUCAACUCAGAACGAGAGGGACCCGCCCACAACACUUUCGCAGUCAUGCAAACCAUCCGCUCAUUCGUGUUUGGGCCGACUCCAGAGGAGCAGCGGCAGAAGUGCAAUGCCCUCGUACGGAAGAACGCGCGGAAACUAGAUCGGGACAUACAGAACUUAGGCCUCCUCGAAUCGAAAACCAAGACCUUCAUCCUCCAAUCCUCCAAACGCGCCGAACGCAAUCCCUCUCAAGCCGCCCAAGCCCAACGCGAAACCCGUACCUUCGCCAAAGAAAUGGUGCGCAUCCGCCGGCAGAAAGCGCGCCUCGCCACCUCCAAAGCGCAGCUCCACUCGGUCCAAAUGCAAGUCAACGAAGCGUUCGCCCUCCGGCGGAUCGAGGGGUCGAUCAAGAAAUCGACGGGGAUCAUGAAGGACGUCAACCAGCUGAUCAGCCUCGGGCAGCUGACGGGGACGAUGCGGGAGCUCAGUCAGGAGCUAGUGAAGGCGGGGAUCAUCGAGGAGAUGGUAGGGGAUUCGCUGCCGGAGGAGGACGAGUUCGAGGAGGAGGAGGCAGAGACGGAGGUGGAUAAGGUGUUGACGGAGGUGCUGAAGGGGCGGUUGCCGGCGAAGGCGACGCCAGAGGAGGUGCCGAGCGUGCCGGUGCGGGAGGAGCCGGUAGAGGAGGAGGGGGAGGAGGAGGAUCAGGAGGAGAUGUUGGCGCAGAUGAGGGGGCGACUGGAGGCGUUGAAGAGUUGAGAGGGGGGGGUUCGAGGAUGGAGCGACGUGGAUCUUACGAGGCAUAUGCGUUUGGCGUUAGGGGACCACGGGUGUUCGGUUUGGUGUGGCGUUUAGUGGUUGGAUACAGCUCUUGCAGUGAAGUCUAAAUGCUGGUGGGAUUUAUUGGUUGUGAUAAGGGAGGUUGUUGGUGGCAUCCAUGCCAUAGUAUUCUCGGCACAAUAUCUCCCCGUCAGUACAACAUUAGAAUAGGUCUAUGGGACAUGAUAUUCUGCUUAGAUCGUGGUAUCGCACAGGACCCCAAGACUGCAACUAAACCAUAUCGUAGACGCGGAAACGACUAUACAGUCAAGGUUGACUCAAGGCUCACCUUGCCCCAGGGCAUCUAGUGCGUCUGGUGCAAGGUCAAACCAAGAGCAGCUUCAAC